AUGCAAAGUACUGGUCUGAAUUGGUCAGUACCAGCCAAUGCUCUGCUGUCAGUAUUGCUUCCAAAUGAGCGUGUUCGUUAUCCUCUUUCUUCGGAUGUACAGAACGAAGGAGAAGAAAAUAUGUUAGCUGUCGGACGUGCACGCGCAAUUCCGCCAAGUCUAGAAAGGUUGGUCGCAGAAAAUACGAAAGGCUACUGGGAGAAUCAGCAGUUUAUACUAGUGAACGGAUACCCAUAUGCACUUCCGCCUGGAUCAAAUGCAGAGCAUGCGAAUAUUUACUUGGAAAAUCAGCAGCAUACUGUCGAAAAUAACGAGGAUUCGCAGGUUUGUAGAUGA